GACAUUGACGUGGACGAGCUGGUGAGGCAGUCAACCCAACAGCAGCAGCACAGCGGCACACCAGACAAGGACAAUGCGCAGCAAGGGAAUAUUCCACCGGACAGGCAGCAGCAGCAUCAGGGUGUUGCACCGGAAAGCCAGCGGCAGAAUCGUAACAGCUACGGGCAUGCAGCAACUAACUGGAACACUCCUCCGCCUCUCCCUCCACUGCUGCAGCAACCAUGCUCCCAUGGCAUGCCUCUGGUGCAGUGCCCCUCGCUACAAGCACACAUACAGGAGCGCAAGAACGAGCUGCUAGACGUGUCCAACGACCUGCUGGACAACGCGGGGGACAUGAGCCCCCGGCGGGCAGAAGAGCUCCGACUGCGCAGAAAGUCGCUACAGCAAGAGAUACAAAUCCUGCAGCAGCACUCACAGCAAGGCGCAACCACCUCCCCUCACCUCUCCUCCCCAUCACCUGCCAUGCACACAUCAUCACCACCCUCCACCCAUCCGUACCGACCUGCCACCCCGUCCUUCACCACGCCUGGCUCUCGUCCCACGCCUUCCACCACUGCCUGGAGCACACCUCCCAGAAGCACCUGGUCGUCGCCUCCUCCUUCCUCCCGCCCCCCUCCUCCCUCCUCCGCUCUGGGUACUGGGCAAGCAGCAGUCAUGGGGGCAGCAGCGGGCGUGGGAACAGCAGCAGGCAUGCAUGUGGCAGGUGCAAUAACCAGAGGGUAUGCAGCUGUGAACGGGGCGACGAAUGGAGGAGGAUACGGAGCAGUGAAUGGGGGAGGGUAUGGGGGAGCAGGGUAUGCAGGAGGAGGAGGAGGAGGAGUAGGAGGGGGGUUCACAUCCCCUCCAGGGGGAGGGGGAGGGGGAGGGGGAGGGGGAGGGGGAGGGGGAGGGGGAGGGGGAGGGGGAGGGGGAGGGGGAGGGGGUGAGAAUGGCGGGGCGGCGAGGAGAGGGGAGGUGGUGCCGGUGUGUCUGUCAGAGGUGCGGUUCAGUGAAGGGUCGGCGGAUCGGCAGUGGGCUCGCAAGGACUACGCAUGGACGCGAGAGCUGGAGGUGAGAGGCGUUGUGGUAGAGAACAACUGGAAGCUCUUUGGCAACCGGUCGUUCCGGGCGAAUCAGAGGGAGGUGAUGAAUGCCACUAUGAGCGGCAGAGACGUGUUCGUGCUCAUGCCCACGGGCGGGGGGAAGAGCCUCACUUACCAGCUCCCUGCAGUGUGCUCGCCAGGAGUCACGCUGGUGGUGUCGCCACUCAUCUCUCUCAUCUGCGACCAGAUCAUGCACCUCGAACAGUACAAUAUCCCUGCGGCGUGUCUGAGCGCCAGCCAGGAGUGGCCGGAGCAGCAGCGCAUUCUACAGGAGCUCUGCUCUCCGUGCUGCCAGAUCAAGCUGCUCUACGUCACCCCGGAGAAGAUCGCCAGGAGCGACAACCUGUUUCGGCAUCUGGAGGGGUUGUACCGGCAGGAUCUGCUGGUGCGCAUGGUGGUGGAUGAGGCACACUGUGUGAGCCAGUGGGGGCACGACUUCCGCCCUGAUUACCAGGGCCUUGGUGUGCUGAAGAGCAAGUUCCCCUCAGUGCCACUCAUGGCACUCACAGCCACGGCCACCCAUGCAGUGCAGGCUGACGUGGUCAGUGCGCUGUGCCUCAAGCAGUGUGCCGUCUUCAAACAGACCUUCAACCGCCCCAACCUCAGGUACGAGGUGAGGGCGAAGGGGCGGCGGUGCAUGGACGAUAUUGACUCGUUCAUCCGCAGCAGCGGGUUCUUCCGUGAGUCAGGCAUCGUGUACUGCCUGUCACGCAACGACUGCGAGAAGACCGCCGAGCAGCUCACUAAGCUGGGUCACAGAGCGGGGUUCUACCAUGCCAACAUACCAGCAGGCGAGCGGGCAGACGUGCAGAGGAGGUGGAGCAAGGACGAAAUCAAUGUCAUCUGUGCCACUGUCGCCUUCGGCAUGGGCAUCAACAAGCCUGAUGUUCGUUUCGUCAUCCAUCACUCCCUCCCUAAGAGCAUCGAGGGCUACCACCAGGAGUCGGGGCGAGCAGGGAGGGACAACCUGCCUGCCACCUGCGUUCUCAUGUACAGCUAUGGUGAUUAUGCGCGAGUUAAGCAUAUGCUGCUGCAGGGGGCAGCGGAGGCGGCAGGUGGUAGGGGCGGAGGGGCGGGGGGGAGAGGGGGCAUGGGGCCACAGCAGCAGCUGGAAACGAACCUGGACAACCUUCACCGCAUGGUGAGUCAGAUGCAUCGCAUGGUGAGUCAGAUGCAUCGCAUGGUGAGUCAGAUGCACCGCAUGGUGAGUCAGAUACGCAUGGUGAGUCAGAUGCACCGCAUGGUGAGUCAGAUGCACCGCAUGGUGAGUCAGAUGCAUCGCAUGGUGAGUCAGAUGCACCGCAUGGUGAGUCAGAUGCAUCGCAUGGUGAGUCAGAUGCAUCGCAUGGUGAGUCAGAUGCACUGCAUGGUGAGUCAGAUGCAUCGCAUGGUGAGUCAGAUGCACCGCAUGGUGAGUCAGAUGCAUCGCAUGGUGAGUCAGAUGCACCGCAUGGUGAGUCAGAUGCACCGCAUGGUGAGUCAGAUGCAUCGCAUGGUGAGUCAGAUGCAUCGCAUGGUGAGUCAGAUGCACCGCAUGGUGAGUCAGAUACGCAUGGUGAGUCAGAUGCACCGCAUGGUGAGUCAGAUGCACCGCAUGGUGAGUCAGAUGCAUCGCAUGGUGAGUCAGAUGCACCGCAUGGUGAGUCAGAUGCACCGCAUGGUGAGUCAGAUACGCAUGGUGAGUCAGAUGCACCGCAUGGUGAGUCAGAUGCACCGCAUGGUGAGUCAGAUGCAUCGCAUGGUGAGUCAGAUGCACCGCAUGGUGAGUCAGAUGCAUCGCAUGGUGAGUCAGAUGCAUCGCAUGGUGAGUCAGAUGCACUGCAUGGUGAGUCAGAUGCAUCGCAUGGUGAGUCAGAUGCACCGCAUGGUGAGUCAGAUGCAUCGCAUGGUGAGUCAGAUGCACCGCAUGGUGAGUCAGAUGCACCGCAUGGUGAGUCAGAUGCAUCGCAUGGUGAGUCAGAUGCAUCGCAUGGUGAGUCAGAUGCACCGCAUGGUGAGUCAGAUACGCAUGGUGAGUCAGAUGCACCGCAUGGUGAGUCAGAUGCACCGCAUGGUGAGUCAGAUGCAUCGCAUGGUGAGUCAGAUGCACCGCAUGGUGAGUCAGAUGCAUCGCAUGGUGAGUCAGAUGCAUCGCAUGGUGAGUCAGAUGCACUGCAUGGUGAGUCAGAUGCAUCGCAUGGUGAGUCAGAUGCACCGCAUGGUGAGUCAGAUGCAUCGCAUGGUGAGUCAGAUGCAUCGCAUGGUGAGUCAGAUGCACCGCAUGGUGAGUCAGAUACGCAUGGUGAGUCAGAUGCACCGCAUGGUGAGUCAGAUGCACCGCAUGGUGAGUCAGAUGCAUCGCAUGGUGAGUCAGAUGCACCGCAUGGUGAGUCAGAUGCAUCGCAUGGUGAGUCAGAUGCAUCGCAUGGUGAGUCAGAUGCACUGCAUGGUGAGUCAGAUGCAUCGCAUGGUGAGUCAGAUGCACCGCAUGGUGAGUCAGAUGCAUCGCAUGGUGAGUCAGAUGCACCGCAUGGUGAGUCAGAUGCACCGCAUGGUGAGUCAGAUGCAUCGCAUGGUGAGUCAGAUGCAUCGCAUGGUGAGUCAGAUGCACCGCAUGGUGAGUCAGAUACGCAUGGUGAGUCAGAUGCACCGCAUGGUGAGUCAGAUGCACCGCAUGGUGAGUCAGAUGCAUCGCAUGGUGAGUCAGAUGCACCGCAUGGUGAGUCAGAUGCACCGCAUGGUGAGUCAGAUACGCAUGGUGAGUCAGAUGCACCGCAUGGUGAGUCAGAUGCACCGCAUGGUGAGUCAGAUGCAUCGCAUGGUGAGUCAGAUGCACCGCAUGGUGAGUCAGAUGCAUCGCAUGGUGAGUCAGAUGCAUCGCAUGGUGAGUCAGAUGCACUGCAUGGUGAGUCAGAUGCAUCGCAUGGUGAGUCAGAUGCACCGCAUGGUGAGUCAGAUGCAUCGCAUGGUGAGUCAGAUGCACCGCAUGGUGAGUCAGAUGCACCGCAUGGUGAGUCAGAUGCAUCGCAUGGUGAGUCAGAUGCAUCGCAUGGUGAGUCAGAUGCACCGCAUGGUGAGUCAGAUACGCAUGGUGAGUCAGAUGCACCGCAUGGUGAGUCAGAUGCACCGCAUGGUGAGUCAGAUGCAUCGCAUGGUGAGUCAGAUGCACCGCAUGGUGAGUCAGAUGCAUUGCAUGGUGAGUCAGAUGCAUCGCAUGGUGAGUCAGAUGCACUGCAUGGUGAGUCAGAUGCAUCGCAUGGUGAGUCAGAUGCACCGCAUGGUGAGUCAGAUGCAUCGCAUGGUGAGUCAGAUGCACCGCAUGGUGAGUCAGAUGCACCGCAUGGUGAGUCAGAUGCAUCGCAUGGUGAGUCAGAUGCAUCGCAUGGUGAGUCAGAUGCACCGCAUGGUGAGUCAGAUACGCAUGGUGAGUCAGAUGCACCGCAUGGUGAGUCAGAUGCACCGCAUGGUGAGUCAGAUGCAUCGCAUGGUGAGUCAGAUGCACCGCAUGGUGAGUCAGAUGCAUCGCAUGGUGAGUCAGAUGCAUCGCAUGGUGAGUCAGAUGCACUGCAUGGUGAGUCAGAUGCAUCGCAUGGUGAGUCAGAUGCACCGCAUGGUGAGUCAGAUGCAUCGCAUGGUGAGUCAGAUGCAUCGCAUGGUGAGUCAGAUGCACCGCAUGGUGAGUCAGAUACGCAUGGUGAGUCAGAUGCACCGCAUGGUGAGUCAGAUGCACCGCAUGGUGAGUCAGAUGCAUCGCAUGGUGAGUCAGAUGCACCGCAUGGUGAGUCAGAUGCAUCGCAUGGUGAGUCAGAUGCAUCGCAUGGUGAGUCAGAUGCACUGCAUGGUGAGUCAGAUGCAUCGCAUGGUGAGUCAGAUGCACCGCAUGGUGAGUCAGAUGCAUCGCAUGGUGAGUCAGAUGCACCGCAUGGUGAGUCAGAUGCACCGCAUGGUGAGUCAGAUGCAUCGCAUGGUGAGUCAGAUGCAUCGCAUGGUGAGUCAGAUGCACCGCAUGGUGAGUCAGAUACGCAUGGUGAGUCAGAUGCACCGCAUGGUGAGUCAGAUGCACCGCAUGGUGAGUCAGAUGCAUCGCAUGGUGAGUCAGAUGCACCGCAUGGUGAGUCAGAUGCACCGCAUGGUGAGUCAGAUACGCAUGGUGAGUCAGAUGCACCGCAUGGUGAGUCAGAUGCACCGCAUGGUGAGUCAGAUGCAUCGCAUGGUGAGUCAGAUGCACCGCAUGGUGAGUCAGAUGCAUCGCAUGGUGAGUCAGAUGCAUCGCAUGGUGAGUCAGAUGCACUGCAUGGUGAGUCAGAUGCAUCGCAUGGUGAGUCAGAUGCACCGCAUGGUGAGUCAGAUGCAUCGCAUGGUGAGUCAGAUGCACCGCAUGGUGAGUCAGAUGCACCGCAUGGUGAGUCAGAUGCAUCGCAUGGUGAGUCAGAUGCAUCGCAUGGUGAGUCAGAUGCACCGCAUGGUGAGUCAGAUACGCAUGGUGAGUCAGAUGCACCGCAUGGUGAGUCAGAUGCACCGCAUGGUGAGUCAGAUGCAUCGCAUGGUGAGUCAGAUGCACCGCAUGGUGAGUCAGAUGCAUUGCAUGGUGAGUCAGAUGCAUCGCAUGGUGAGUCAGAUGCACUGCAUGGUGAGUCAGAUGCAUCGCAUGGUGAGUCAGAUGCACCGCAUGGUGAGUCAGAUGCAUCGCAUGGUGAGUCAGAUGCACCGCAUGGUGAGUCAGAUGCACCGCAUGGUGAGUCAGAUGCAUCGCAUGGUGAGUCAGAUGCAUCGCAUGGUGAGUCAGAUGCACUGCAUGGUGAGUCAGAUGCAUCGCAUGGUGAGUCAGAUGCACCGCAUGGUGAGUCAGAUGCACCGCAUGGUGAGUCAGAUGCAUCGCAUGGUGAGUCAGAUGCACCGCAUGGUGAGUCAGAUGCAUCGCAUGGUGAGUCAGAUGCACCGCAUGGUGAGUCAGAUGCAUCGCAUGGUGAGUCAGAUGCAUCGCAUGGUGGCAUACUGUGAGAACGAUCUGGACUGUCGGCGAAUGGUGGCAUACAGUGAGAACGAUCUGGACUGUCGGUGCACGGAGCAGCUCUCGCACUUCGGGGAGCGCUUUGAUCCCACCCACUGCCGCCGCUCGUGGGAUACUGCCUCUUGCGGCACGCGGUAUACAUACCCCUUUGCCACACACGCUCUUCCCCUCUUUUCCGCUCCUCCACACGUCCUCUCACUGCAGAUAUCCCUUAUCCGCGAGACGGGUGAGCUCCACACCCAGCAGUACAUCCUUGAUCUCCUGCGCGGCUCUGCCAGUGCCCAGGUGAAGCGCAACGGGCACGCAGCUUUGGCGCAGCGAAUGGCGGAGGAGAACAAGGCGGGCGGUGGGGAUGAGGAGGGCGGGGCAGCAGGGGGGUGGAGUAGGCGGGACAUGGAGCGCGUGGUGCGGCACAUGGUGUGUGUGGAGGUGGUGAGGGAAGACAUCAACAAGAGCGAGGCGUAUGGUUCCAUCUCCUCGCUGCUCCGGGUGAGUGUCUGUCCUGCACUGCCAGCCAAGCAUGUGCGUGGCUCUGCACUGCCAGCCAAGCAUGUGCGUGGCUCUGCACUGCCAGCCAAGCAUGUGCGUGGCUCUGCACUGCCAGCCAAGCAUGUGCGUGGCUCUGCACUGCCAGCCAAGCAUGUGCGUGGCUCUGCACUGCCAGCCAAGCAUGUGCGUGGCUCUGCACUGCCAGCCAAGCAUGUGCGUGGCUCUGCACUGCCAGCCAAGCAUGUGCGUGGCUCUGUGAACGACAGCAAGGCAGAGGCGCUGCUCUCAGGGAAGCUCCACCUCACUCUCAGCUUCCCCAUUCAGAAGCGACCUGACUCCGCACAGGCGUCAAUUGGUGCAGGCAGAACCACAUCACCUGUUGCUGCCACCGGCGCGGGCAAAGCCGCAGGCAGCAGGGGCAGAAGGCAAACCAGAACCAGUACUCGCAGCAGCAGGAAAGGCGCUACUGGUGCUGCUGCCAAUGGGGCUGAUGCUGGCAGCAUGGGAGGGGGAGGUGGCGUGGAGGCAGAUGCAUGGGCAGAUGAGAUUGAUAAUGGUGAUGAUGGUGGUGGUGAUGUGAGAUGGUCUGAUGGUGCCGGUAACAAGGGGUUCUCUUCUGCGGUUGGUGGGGGAGUGGAUCGAAGGGAAGGAACACAAGGAGCAGAGGGAGCAGGGGGAGCAGCGGGAGCAGGGAAGGGGUUUCAGCAGAUGGCUGCUGCGGCGGCUGCUGCUGUUGACUCUGCUGCGCCCUUCUCGCCGCCGAAACAGGCGGCCGCCGUGGUGCUGUCAGGGGCGGUGUACAAGGCACUGCAUGCAUUAAGGCAGACGCUGGUGCAGGAAUCGGGAAAAAACCUCGCGCCGUACCACAUCUUCGGCAACGCACAGCUGGUGCUCAUCAGUCAGCGCCUGCCCCGCACUCUCGACGCGUUGCAGGAGAUUCCUGGCAUUGGCAGAGUGAAGGUCAACAGGUAUGGCGCGCGUGUGCUGGAGACUAUAGAGAGGCUUAUUGUAGAACACAAUAAGGGGGACACCGGAGACACCAGCAACGACCGUAACAGCAAACCUCCUGGUGUAUCUCCUGACCAACUGAGUGACACCCGCGAUGCACCUGCCAACUCUGCUGCUGCUGCUUUCCCGCCUCCUGCUAAUAUGAAUUCCUCCGCGCCGAAGGAGUCGCGAAAGCCACAGUUUCUCUCCUCCGACUCGGCUACACUGAAAAGGAGCCUUUGGAGUGAAGAUUCUGGCAAUCCAGUGCCCCCUGGUCUAGAUGGCGAGGGGAAAAUGGCUGCUGGCGUUGGUGCUGUCGACGGGGGGUAUGCAGGAGGGCAUGUUAAAGUUGGUUUGUUGGGACGAAGUGCCAAGAGGGCUCGAGCGAGUGAUGAAAGCGGAGGUGAUUGUAUCGAGGUGGUUCAUGUAGAGGACGUUGGUGGUGUUGGGGAGGAAUGGCGAAGCGGACGAGAGGUGUUUGGGGAUGGUGAUGGGGGAAGUGGAGGCGGGAGGGCCAAGGGUGUUGUUGGAAAUGGAGUUGCAGUGAAUGGGGCGACGAUUGAGAUUGAUGAUAAGGCAGGAUCAGAUUCGUUGUUUUCAGAGUAUGUUUUUCGAAAACGAUGGAGCUGA